AUGGGGAACACGGCUCAGGAAAAAGAGAAACGGACUGAUGUUGAAGGAAAAAGACACAAGAAAAAAGAGGCGGAGAAGCAAGGGAGAGAAAACGCUGAAGUCUCUCUCCCCCAGCACAGCCAAUCAGUGACACGCACCAGGGAUUCUCAGCCUAUCACAACGCCCGGAGUAGGGGUCACCACGGGGUCAAACUCCCGUCUGACCAAUCAGCUUAAUGGGAAAACGGACACAUAUGACAGGAGCAAGACCCCUGCUAGAGGCAUGGUCAGGGAAGUGAGCCUGUCAGAAGAUGUGUUUGAAGCCAACACCCCAGAGAGGAUACAUUUACAGAACACUGAAAAUACCAAGUUACCUGGGAAACUGGUAGCGCCCUCUGCAGCCAGUGUGAGGAAUAAGAUCCACCAGUUUGAAGCUCUGACACAGACAUCUCAGGUCCCAGUGCCCAACUACCUGAAGCCCAGACGGGCUUUCUCUGUCCCGGAGCAGCUCAGUGAGGCUAGAGAGGCGGUCAAACUCCCCUUCCACCCCCAGAACUCCCCCUUCCACCCCCAGAACUCCCCCUUCCAACCCCAGAACUCCCCCUUCCACCCCCAGAACUCCCCCUUCCACCCCCAGAACACCUCCCCACACCUCCCAACUACUUCCCUGCAGCCGAAACACCAACAAGGUGUAGAUUCAGGCCUGGCUGCCCUAAAGCACCCUCCAGUCUCUACACACACAGCCCAGGGUAGGGUCACUACUGACCCUGAUAUCCCAGUCUCACAUUCUGGCCUGGGGAGGGAUUCCCUGUCUCUCCCCCUGUCCCUUCCCCUCACCUCCUCCUCCUCCCCCAGCAGCCUCCCCCUCCUCCCCACUCUGGCUCGAUGGAACUCAGAGGAGGGGGGGUGGAGUGAUGAGGAGGAUACUGAUGAUGAAGGUACGGAGAAGGACGAGGACUCCAACUACGACUCAGACUCUGCUGAAUCCUCGGUGACCAUCACCAGUACCAUGAGCCAAUCACAUCGCAGGAGCUUCUCUCUCAGUCUGGCAGAGCUGUGUAACUUCGGAGAGGUAGACUAUGAUCCCCAGUCUUCCUCUGACAGUGAGGAGUGGCUGUCCAGCCGGUCAGCCAGCCUGUCGUCUGACGUGUCGGCCCUAUCCUGUGUGUCUGUCCUGGGCAGUGAUGAGCUGGACCGCCUGCUGGACGACGUAAAGGGCCUGGGGGACACAACCCUGCAGAAUUAUGAGGAUGUCCAGGUGGUGGUUCUCCAUAAGGAAGUUGGUGUGGGACUAGGCUUCACCAUGGCAGGAGGAGUGGACCAGAACAAACCUGUCAUUGUCCAUAAGGUGUUCCCGGCGGGGGUGGCGGCUGAGGAGGGAUCCAUCCAGGAGGGAGACAAGGUCCUGUCAAUCAAUGGCACAGCGCUGUGUGGCUCUUCCCACAGCGAGGUGCUGAGGACACUAAGGAGGGCGCGGACUCAGGGGAUGGGUGUGGUUGUCUUGAGGAGAGGGGGGGUAACAGACCCCUGUAAGGGAGGAACAGUGACAGACAGUCGGGGAGGGACACAGACAGAGCCUACUAACACAGGUCAGAGGGUGUGUGUGAGGCUGGAGAAGCGCAGCAGAGACCUGGGCUUCAGUCUGGAGGGAGGAGUGGGUUCCAGCCUGGGAGACAAACCCCUCACCGUACAGAAACUCUUCCUGGGUGGUCCAGUGAACCAGGUGUCUCCAGGGGACGAGGUGUUGGAGAUCGAGGGUGUGAGCUUGGUGGGCCUGAGGAGACUGGAGGCCUGGACCUUGAUCAGAACACUGCCCCCUGGGCCUGUGGAUGUGGUACUACACCGUCCUCACAAACCACAGUGACAGGAAUGAACAUUGAUAUGCACCCUCAAUAUGCUUAUAACAAAGCACUGAAGAAUUGUACUCCUAUGAGGUUGAAGUGAGGGUUGCCAAUCUGAUUUUGGGUCUGUGGUUCGGGUCAACUUCUACCUCAAGUGAGAGGGAUGAUAUCUAUCGCACCAGUCAUACGAUAACAAAGCACUGAAGAGAUCAGUGCACAUUGAGGAGAGGACCUGUAUAUAGGGUCAACCCGGGGUAUGAAGAGGGAGAAAGAGAUCAAUACAUAGGUCAUUUAUUUAAUUUUGUAGAGAUAUGUUGUAUGUUUCUUUAAUACCUAGUCUGCUCAUUGUUUUAUAUGAUGAAAUGUAAGGAGUUUUGUAUAUGGCUGUUGUAAUAUAUAUUGUGACUAGAAAGUUAAUAACCGUCCUCCGUCUACUUGCUGUUAAUAAAUCCUACAAUAACCCCAUG